AUGUCUGUACUGGCAGUCUCCAAGCGUUUCGCCAGAAACAUUUAUUUGCAUACGGGUCCGAGAGUCGGCGGAAUCCGUAGAGACCCUACCGAGGUUUUCACCACCGCCUCAGGCCAUUUCCACGGUACUAACCCAGAAAACUUGAAACACAUCAAACUGUUCUUACUGGACAAAUAUGCUAUUCCUGAUGACUUGGCUUUACAAGUUUUGACACACAAAUCCUUUGGUAACGGUAUUAAGCCUUACAAUGAGAAGUUGAGCACCAUGGGCUCCAAGUUGUUGAAUUUGACUUUGGCCAAGUACGUAGUGAGCAAACAGACAUCUAACGAGCUCGCGAUCAACGGAAAGAACUUGGACGUCUUGGGAACACCUAUGGCUAAGGAGUUAGGCGGAAGAAUGGCGUUAGGUGUGUUUGCAAAGAACUCGAAGUUGAAUACCAUUAUGUUCUGGAAGUCUUACAACUCGCACUUGAGCUUCGAGCAGAGUGGUGAAUUGAAGGUCAGCGCACAGAUGAUGUAUGCGUUGGUAGGUGCUGUGACGUUUGUUCAUGGUAAGAAGGCUGCCGAGCAGUUUGUAGAGGAAAAGUUGCUUCUGGGUAGCACGUCGCUUGAGGCUAUUACUGAGGAGCUUUUGCAGAACCUGAGGAAGUCUGACGCUUAA